AUGUCAACCAAGGGUACAUUGCUAUUCAUUCUUACCUCGCACAGCCAACUUGGCACUACGGGCAAGACCACCGGCUAUUACUUGCCCGAGGUCGCUCAUCCUCUCCAUGUCUUAUCCAAGCAUUACAACAUCCGAUACGCGACACCUUUGGGUGGCAAGUCUCCUUUGGACCCAAGCUCUUUAGAAGCUUUCCGUGACGAUCCUACAUGCAAAGAGUUCCUCAACAACGCGCAAAUCACCGCAGCAUUGGAGAACACUGAAAAGCUAAGCGAUUUGUCAGCAGCCGAUAUUGAUCAACUUGUGGGCGUCUUUUUCCCGGGUGGUCAUGGUCCCAUGUUUGAUUUGGCCGAUAAUAAGGAUGCAGCCAACAUUGUCGCCAAGGUAUACGAACGUGGUGGUGUUGUGGGUGCCGUGUGCCAUGGUCCAGCUGGUCUUGUCAAUGUCAAAAUCAAUAACGGCGAACGUUAUCUUGUGGAUGGUCACAACGUUACCGGUUUCAGCAAUGCAGAAGAGGAUCAAGUCCAACUUAGCAGCCAAAUGCCUUUCAUGCUUGAAGACCGCCUUCGUGAACAUGGUGGUAAAUAUUCCAAAGCUGCUGAACCAUGGGGUGAACAUGUCGUUGGUCAAGGCACGCGUUUGUUGACCGGUCAAAACCCAGCUAGUUCGUUUGCAGUGGCCAAUGCCAUUGUCGAGGCAUUAGCAAAAAAGAAUGAUUAA